AUGAUGGAAGAAAUUGAAAUGAAUAAUGAUGAAUUAAAAAAUACAAAAUGUAAUUUAGAUGGCGAUCCUAAGAUAGGUUGGUUAUGUAAUAAAAAUGGUUUACUUUUAAAAACAUAUGGAUGGCUAGUUAAAAAUGCCAUAGGAAUUAUAUUGUUAAUACAUGGAUUAAAAUCUCAUACUCGAUUAACAUAUAUGAACAUAAAUUUAAAAAUGCCAAAUGGCAAUGAAGGCUUAGUAGUAGACACUGAUAAUUACUAUAUUUAUAAAGAUAGUUGGAUUGAAAAAUUUAAUCAAAAUGGUUAUUCAGUAUAUGGACUAGAUUUACAAGGACAUGGUGAAUCAGAAUCAUUUGAAGAUUUAAGAGGUAAUUUUAGUUGCUAUGAUGAUUUAGUUGAUGAUGUAAUGCAAUAUAUGCAUCAAAUUCAAGAUGAAAUCUCAAAUGAUAACCAAACGGAUGAUGAAUCUCAUGAUAUAGUAACACAUAAAAAAGAAAAACUUCCUAUGUAUGUUAUUGGGCAUUCGAUGGGAGGAAGUAUCGCUUUAAGAAUAUUACAGUUAUUAAAUAAAAAGAAAGAAAAUAUAAUUAAUUCUGAAGAUGCAAAUGACAAUAAAAAAUGUAACAUUAUGUUAGAAAAUUCUACUAAUAUUAAUGAAAUUGACAAUAAUAUGGUAGAAGAUAUUAAUGAUGUGAAUAAUUCGAAUGAUCAUGCUAUAGAAGAUAUGGAUAAUUCUAAUGAUUAUGAUUCCGAUGAUUCCUGUGCUAGUACCGCUGAUACGACAAAUGCUAUUGAUAGUGCUAGUAAUAAAGAUGAAAGAUGCUAUAGUUUAGAUAAAUUAAAUAUUAAAGGUUGCAUAUCUUUAUCUGGUAUGAUAAAACUGAAAACACUAUGGAAUAUUGGAAGCAAUUCAUUUAAGAAUUUUUAUUUACCUAUAACAAACUUCCUGUCUAGGAUUGCGCCUAAUGCUCUAAUUUCGUCAGAAUUCUAUUAUAAAAGGUCCGGAUAUGUUGAUACUAUAUGUAAAUAUGAUAAAUUUCGAAACAAUAAUGGAAUAAAAUUUAAAUGUAUCUCUGAACUUAUGAAAGCAACGCUCGCAUUGGAUUCUGAUAUUGAUUAUAUGCCAGAUGUUCCUUUAUUAUUUGUGCAUUCAACAGAUGAUAGUAUUUGUUAUUAUAAAGGAUCAGUUUUGUUUCAUGAUAAAGUAAAAUCUAAUAACAAAGAUAUAUAUAUUGUUGAUAAUAUGAAUCAUGCUAUAACGAUAGAGCCAGGAAAUGAAGUCAUUUUAAACAAAAUUAUUGAUUGGAUUUCUAGUUUAAGAAAGGAUGAAGAUAAAAAAAAAAAUGAAAUAGAAGAUAAAAAAUAUGAAAUAGAAAAUGAAAAAUAUGAAAAAGGCGAUGAAAUAGAAAAUGAAAAAUAUGAAAAAGGCGAUGAAAUAGAAGAUAAAAAAUAUGAAAUAGAAGAUGAAAAAUAUGAAAUAGAAGAUAAAAAAUAUGAAAUAGAAGAUAAAAAAUAUGAAAUAGAAGAUAAAAAAUAUGAAAUAGAAAAUGAAAAAUAUGAUGAAAAAGAAGAUGAACUAGACGAUGAAAAAGAAGAUGAAAAAGAAGAUGAACUAGACGAUGAAAAAGAAGAUGAAAAAGAAGAUGAACUAGACGAUGAAAAAGAAGAUGAAAAAGAAGAUGAACUAGACGAUGAAAAAGAAGAUGAACUAGACGAUGAAAAAGAAGAUGAACUAGACGAUGAAAAAGAAGAUGAAAAAGAAGAUGAAAAAGAAGAUGAACUAGACGAUGAAAAAGAAGAUGAACUAGACGAUGAAAAAAACGAUGAAAAAUACGAUGAAAUAGAAGAUAAAAAAUAUGAAAUAGAAAAUGAAAAAGAUGAAAUAGAAGAUAAAAAAUAUGAAAUAGAAAAUGAAAAAUAUGAAAAAGGCGAUGAAAAGGACGAUGAAAAAGACGAUGAAAAAGACGAUGAAAAAAACGAUGAAAAAGAAGAUGAACUAGACGAUGAAAAAGAAGAUGAACUAGACGAUGAAAAAGAAGAUGAAAAAGACGAUGAAAGAGAAGAUGAAAUAGAAAAUGAAAAAUAUGAUGAAAAAGAAGAUGAAAAAUAUGAAAUAGAAAAUGAAAAAUAUGAUGAAAAAGAAGAUGAAAUAGACGAUGAAAUAGAAGAUGAACUAGACGAUGAACUAGACGAUGAAAUAGACGAUGAAAUAGAAGAUGAAAUAGAAGAUGAAAUAGAAGAUGAAAUAAAAGAUGAACAGUAUGAAAAAUGUAAAAAAUGGGAAAAAGACGAUGAAAAAGAAUAUGAAAUAUAA